CUCAAAAAAAACACAGAAAUAACAUCUUACAAUGGAAUCAUAUCGUUUGUUCGUGGGAAUAGUAUUACUAAUUGUAGUAUUGAUUUUGGAUGAAAGUAAAACAUGUACAGCCCAAGGUUUGAAAACAUCAACAACAACAACAACAGUGAAAUGUUCUCGAAAACACAGCGCGGUUUUGACUGAUUUUGGUGGCGUGGGCGAUGGAGUUACUUCCAAUACUAAGGCCUUCAAGGCAGCCAUUGAUCAUCUGAGCCCCCUGGCAUCGGACGGUGGAGCACAACUCAUUGUUCCUCCUGGAAAAUGGCUAACUGGAAGCUUUAAUCUCACUAGCCAUUUCACUCUUUUUCUUCAUAAAGACGCUGUUAUUCUUGCCUCUCAGGAAGCAUCAGAAUAUCCAAUUAUUUUAGAAGCAUUUCCUUCUUAUGGAGCACGAAAAAAUUCUACAGGAAGACACAGUAGUCUAAUGAUGGGAAGAAACCUCACUGAUGUUGUAAUUACAGGACAUAAUGGCACCAUAGAUGGUCAAGGUGCAAGUUGGUGGGCAAAGUACAAGGCUCAACAAUUAAACAACGUAGGAAGGCCACACAUACUCCAAAUCUUGUUCUCUACUGAUAUCCAAAUCUCCAAUCUCACUUUGCUUAAUUCUCCUUCUUGGUUCCUUCAUCCUCUCUAUUCCAGCAAUAUUAUAUUCCAAGGGCUUACAAUUCUUUCUCCAUUAGAUUCUCCAAACACAGAUGGUAUCACACCUGAUUCAUGUAGCAACGUUCGAAUUGAAGACUGUUACAUAAACACUGAUGAUGAUUGUGUCACCAUAAAGAGCGGAUUGGAUCAAAAUGGAAUUAAGAUGGGAAUGCCAAGUGAACACAUCAUAAUCCGAAGGCUAACAUGCAUUUCUCGAGAUAACAAUGUCAUUUCCCUGGGCAGUGAAAUGUCAGGUGGAAUCAAGGACUUGAGAGCUGAAGAUGUCACCGCUGUCACGGCACAAUCUGCCAUUGCCAUCAGAACGGCGUCGGGUCGUGGCGGGUACAUUAAGGACAUCUUCACACGAAGAUUUGUGCUUAAGACCCUCAGAUAUGUGGUUCGGGUGAAUGCAUUUAACACCAACCAUGCUGAUGAUUAUGACCCGAGUGCUUUAUCUGAAAUUUCUUCUAUCAAGUGUCGUGAUAUGAUGGUAGAAAAUGUUACUGCCCCAGCUAAGUAUGAAGUUAUACCUGGAAACACCUUCACUGGUGUUUGCUUCUCCAACACCACGGCGACAAUUUUCCCAGACCUCAAAACUUCUUUCAAAGUUGAGAGUUGGGAUUUGUUGCCCCAUGCUAAUUCCAAGAAUAUUGAAUGUCCAUAUCCUCAAAAUAAGUUGCCCAUUGAAGAUGUUGCUUUGAAGACAUGUUCUUUGUGAAUGUUUUAAUGUACUAAUGAAUUAUAUCAUAUCUACAUGUGUUUUUAUCAUGUCCUAAGGCCAUUCAUAUAUUUAUAUAAUAAAUUGUUAGGUUUUUAAAUUUAAAAAUUGAUGAGCGAGUAUCUCUUAUAUGUAUUCAAGAGUGUGUAACUAACUAAGUUAUUUAGUUGUGUUAAUCAAACUGUCUUGUAGUAAUUCAAAAAUAUAUUUAAUAUUAGUUUGUUUUUGUAAA